GCAAGCCCUGAUAUCGGAGCUUUAUCAGAGAGAUGCAACCGUCCUUACGGUGGGGUUGAUUUUUGCUUUUCCUUUCUCGUUUCUAAUUCACUUCAAUGCUCUUCAGCUGAAGCCGGGCAAGGCCCUCCCCCAGUUCUCCUCCCUCUGACUCUGGGCCACUUCGUCGCUUUCGUCUGUCUUUUUCUAUCUUGCCCUCUACGCCAAGAUGUCGUCCCUCAAGAGUACUUCCACAAUGCUUUCAUUUGACGCGAAGCCAUACGCGUUCUCCUUUCCUCUGGACCAUACCGCGCUUCUUGUCAUCGACAUGCAACGCGACUUCCUUCUUGAGAAAGGCUUCGGCGAGAUCCAAGGAGGGAACCUAGAAGCCGUACUGGCGUCAAUUGCUCCUACAAAGAAGCUUCUGGAGGCAUGUAGGGGUGUCGGCAUGACCAUUGUUCAUACGCGGGAAGGCCACAAGCCAGAUCUUUCGGACUGCCCUUCCUCGAAGCUCGUGCGGCAGGCAGCUGCCCCGAAUAACACCCAGCACAAGCUCACCAUUGGCGAGAAAGGCGAGCUCGGUCGGCUCCUCGUUCGUGGAGAGUAUGGACAUGAUAUCAUUGAUGAACUGCAACCGCUUCCGGGGGAAGUUGUAAUCGACAAGCCCGGCAAAGGCUCAUUUUGGAACACGACGAUCUUGCAUAAAUUGAAGGCCCGAGCUAUCACCCACCUUAUCGUAUCCGGCGUUACGACGGAAUGCUGUUUUGCUACUUCCAUUCGAGAAGCCAAUGACAGGGGUCUCGAAUGCUGCGGUAUCGAAGAAGCAACCAGCGGCUACAAUGAUACGUGCUUCAAGAAGUGCACCCUCGACAUGAUCCACUGGUCUCAGGGUCUCUUCGGCUUCGUAGGCAGCCUGCAACCCCUCCUCGACGUCCUCUCACCACUGGCUACUCCAAGCAUCACUGGUGACGCUACACCUCCACAAACGCCACCGACCUUCGACGGUGAUCUUGCCAUUCCCAGCCUUCAGAGAGCCUACAAGAACGGUCUUUCGCCGGUCACCGUAGCCGAAGCCCUCUACGACAAGAUCGAAGCCUAUCAAAAGACCGACCCAGCGGUAUGGAUCUAUCUUGAAUCAAAAGAGAACGUGCUUUCCGCCGCGAAGGCCCUCGCGGCCAUUAAUACGGACCGCAACGCUCUUCCACCACUCUUUGGCAUACCCUUCUCGGUCAAGGAUAGCAUCGACAUCGCGGGUCUCCCCACAACGACCGCGUGCCUACCCCUGACUCACAUCCCCUCCACCUCCGCCGUCGUAUACGACAAGGUAAUCUCCGAAGGUGCACUCUUCAUUGGCAAAACAAACCUCGACCAGCUCGCAACCGGCCUUACCGGCUGCCGCAGCCCCUAUGGCAUCCCACACUCUGUCUUCCACAAAGACUACAUAAGCGGCGGCUCGAGCAGCGGGAAUGCCGUCUCCGUCGGCGCGAACCUCGUCUCCUUCUCGCUCGCAACAGACACUGCAGGCUCAGGUCGCGUACCAACUGGCUUCAACGGUGUGGUAGGAUACAAACCCACGCGAGGCACCAUCUCCUUCCGGGGCGUGACACCCGCAUGUCUCUCAUUAGAUUGCAUAGCACUCACUACACACACCGUCGCCGACGCCCGGACACUCUGGCAAAUCCUCGAAGACUCCGACCCACUGGAUCCCUACUCCAAACCCGCCAUAGCCUUCGAGCGCCACAUCAACAGCAUCGGUCCACAGUCUAGAAGCUUUAAGUUCGGCAUUCCCCCGCCCGAAGCGCUCUCCAUCUGCGCCCUCCCUAUCCGCCGGAAAUUCAACGAGACGGUCGCGAAGCUGCAGAAGCUCGAUGGCAUCCUAACCCCCAUCGACUGGUCGCCCUUCCAGAAAGCCGGGCAACUACUGUACGACGGCACCUUCGUCUCCGAGCGCCUCGCCUCCCUCCCGGACGACUUCCUCUCCAAGAACCGCAGCGCCCUCCACCCCGUCAUCCUAUCCCUCAUGGACGCCGUCGUCUCCCGCGGCAGCUCGGCCGUCCAAGCCUACCGCGACCUGCAAGCCAAAGCGCUCUACACGCGACAAGCCGAGUCCGUCUUCGCCUACUCCGCCUCAGGAAUCGACGUACUCGUCGUCCCCACAUCACCUACACACUGGACAAUUGAAGAAGUGCUCGCCGACCCUAUUAAGAAGAAUAGCCACUUGGGCGAGUUCACGCACUUCGGCAAUGUGCUGGAUCUGUGUGGCGUGGCGGUGCCCGCGGGGACGUACCCUAUCAAGGAGUUGAGUGGGAGGGAGGAAGAUGAGGGGAUGUUGCCGUUUAGUGUGACGUUUUUGGCGGGGAGCAGGCUGGAUGCGGAGAUGUUGGAGGUGGCGAGGAGGUUUGAGGAGGGGGUUAGGGCGGAGUCUUUAUGAGAGUAAUGAUGUGUCUUGAUGCUUCCUUGAUGUUAAUUUAGCAUAGC